AAGAAGGACCAGGGAAGACUGAGGACCCUCAACUCCUCCGGUUGUCUGGUCUCGCCGAGGACGAGCCUCUCUAGCCCAAGGUUUCAGAUCAGAAUUUAUGAGUAAAUGGGAUAGCAGCAUCCCAAAACAUUCCUGAGCUGAGAUUGUGACAAUGGACGGAAUACCAGGAGAUGCAGAGGAGGCAGGACUGGAGAACAAGACCCAGAACUAACUGUGUUGGGGAAAGCACAAGAGUUCUUUCAGAUUUGUGAUCUGGAAGGCAAAGGCUUCGUCACUCGUCAAGACAUGCAGAGACUGCAUCCUGAGUUACCUCUUAGCCUGGAAGAGCUUGAAAAAGUUUUUGUCACAUUGGAUGCUGAUGGCAAUGGCUCACUUACCCCAAAGGAGUUCAUCACAGGACUCAGCCAAUUUCUUUUGGAGCAGAUUGCUUUGAAAAAUGACAUGAUGCAGCAAUCAGAAGGUGAAACAGCCUGCCCAAUUAUAUGCAAAGAGACCAUGGGUGAUGAUGAGGAUGAAGAAUUCCAAUUCUCCAAUCUGAUGGAUCGGCUUGGAGCUAAAAAGGUUUUGAAUGAUGAGAGUGAUGUGAAGCAACUUUGGUUGCAGCUAAGAAAAGAUGAACCUCAUUUACUUUCCAAUUUUGAAGAGCUCCUGGUCAGAAUUUUCUCCCAGCUCCAAGAAGCAGAUAAUGAGAAGAAUGAGUUGGAAUGCGCUCUAAAAAAGAAAAUUGCUGCUUAUGAUGAAGAAAUUCAACACCUCUAUGAGGAAAUGGAACAGCAAAUCAAAAAGGAGAAAGAGCAGUUUCUGUUGAAAGACACAGAGAGGUUUCAGUCCUAUAGUAAGGAGCUGGAGUGCAAGCUGCUGUCAAAGGAACAAGAACUGGAACAAUUGGUUCAAAAACAGAACAGGCUAGAGCAUCAGUGUACAGAACUCCUCAGUGGCAAAGAACAAACCAAAGUAGAGAACACCAAGCUGAAGCUGACUAACCAGGAGCUGUUGAAAGAUCUGGAAAGAACGUCUCACGAACUAAGCCUGGCUCAACAACAGUUAGAGAUGCUUCAGAAGGAGGCAUCAAGACUGCAUGAGGAGAAGGAAAUGGAGGUGUACCGAGUGACAGAAACCUUACAGCGAGAGAAGUCAGGACUUCUGAAGCAGCUGGAUCUUUUAAGAGAGAUGAACAAACAUCUCAAUGAUGAACGUGACAUAUUUUUACAGAAACGCAAAACAAGUGUUCCAAAAGCCAGCUGGAAGCAAAGAUCAGGGUCUGUCAUUGGGAAAUACAUAGAGGGGAAGAUGCUACCUAACAGCCAUUCAUUUGAAGAAGAUGAUAUUUUCAGUAACUCAAAGAGAAGGAAUUCUACUGGACUGAAUGGAAUUCUCUCUGAAGAGCCAGAUGCUGGAGUCACUGGAGGAAUGUCUAAAACAUCACGUCUCCAAAGAAUAAUAUCAAUUGAAGAAGAUCACCUACCCCAGCUUCUUGACAGGCUGGUUGAUAAGCAGCUGAACAGGUGGACUGAGGAAGAUGACAGUACUUCUGAGGUGGAAAUGCAUAAGAAAAGCACAGAGCAGUCAGUGGAACACUCACCUUCAUCUUCUAGAGAGCAACCUGUAGGGAAGGAAACACUGUCAAAUGAGGAGAGAAUAAACUCUGUCCCAGAGCACUUAUUCAAGAUUAUUUUUGUGGGCAAUUCGAGUGUGGGAAAGACUUCAUUCUUAAGAAGAUUUUGUGAAGAUCGUUUUUUCCCAGGCACAGCUGCUACUGUAGGUGUGGAUUACAGUGUGAAAACUGUCACAGUAGAUAAUACCCAAGUAGUGCUGCAGCUCUGGGACACUGCUGGCCAGGAACGGUACCGAAGUAUUACCAAGCAGUUUUUCAGAAAAGCUGAUGGUGUCAUUGUGAUGUACGAUAUAACAGCAAAAGACACAUUCACAGCUGUGAGGCAGUGGCUGAUAAGCAUUGAGGAGGCAACAGGGGAGAACGUGCCUGUCCUUUUGUUGGGUAAUAAAACUGAUAAUGAAAAGGAACGUGAGGUCCCUAUGGGAAUGGGAGAGCAUCUUGCUAAGGAUUACAAUUUAAUUUUCUAUGAAUGCAGUGCGUGUUCUGGGUACAAUGUGGAAAAGUCUGUGCUUCACUUAGCUAGGUUUUUAAAAGAACAUGAAGAUAAAGUGAAAGAGAAAACCAUUGAACUUCAAUCUGAUACGAAUAAAAAGUCUUGCUGUAUCAGGCAAUAAAAUGCUGGGGCGUGUCAUACGCUUAUACGACACUACAUAGCACUGUCAGAUUUGCUUUUAUCUUCCAAAUACUCUGCUGUGUUCUGAGUGUAGGUGUGGUUUCGUGGGCCGGUCAGUAUUGCUGCAGCCAAACACCAGUUUGCAUACUUCUGCUAGGGGCUGAAAAGCCUCCAGACUACCACUGCACAGCUCAGAGUAUUCCACUACUAUGAAAACCAUAUCCAAGCUGUGUUUGGUACAAAAAUGGAAAAGUGACACAAAAAAGGAAGACAAUGAAAUGUUAAGAUUUGCUGCAAUCAACAAAUGCAAUAGUUCAACAAUUACAACUACUGCAGCUACGUCUCAUAGUCUACUUACAAGUUAAAAGAAGUACUGAAUAACUGACAUGGAGGGAUUCAACCCAUAGCACAGAAAUUGAGGAAGUUUUCACCUGUCGUAGUGUGAAAUCCAUCAUGCUUUAGUUUUAGUCUUGAAUAAAACACCGCAUUGUUUAUGGAAAGCCACAAUUUUUAAACAACCCUGUCACUUGAUUAGUGAGUUAAGUACAUUUGAUCAGUGAGUUCACACAGACAUUCAAAUGAAUUGUGUCACUUGAUUUCCUACUGGAGAGUUCUUGGGCACUGAGUGGGAAAUCACGCAGUGGCCAUAGAUGUGGAACUGAAGUACUUACUCUUGAUCAUCCUAUGUUGGCAGAAGGGAUC